AUACAUAAUGUCCAUUUCUCAAACACUCUGCAUUAACCCUCUCUGCCCUGGUUUCUGGCCACACCCUCAGACUUUACAUUUUUAUUGGGUACAUUCACUCCUCCCCCUAUGACAUUAACCCGUUAAUAUGCCCCUAUUGCCCUCUUGUAAGUGCCCUCUUAUGCUUUUGCCUUUAGAAAUCUGCUCUCUAGCCAUAGUAUGAACACCCCAAAAACCCCACUGUGAAUGAAAGCAGCAGGAUUCGCCCAGCUGCACUUCCUUCCCUGGCCACUAGGGGGAGUCAAGCUGUGCUUCUAAGCCCCUGCUGGGUUAUCUUCCCAGGCAGGUUGGAUAAAGUUAUAGAAGAAAAACUUUCAGACUCAUCUCACACCCCAACCUGACCUGAUAAAAAAAAGAAAAGCCUAAUUCUCCUUCUUAUUCAUGCGAAGCCAGGGGAGGCUGCGCCGCAUGGUGCAGUAGAUGCAGCACAUGCAGUAAUCUGGAAUCCACCCCCCCCAUUGCCUUUUGCUUCCAUUGCAGGUCAUGGAAAUUGACCUUAUAAGAAUGCUUAACUCAUAAAUUGUAAUAAAGGCUUCGCCUGGGGGCUGCAAAACUGACUAUACCCCGCCUGAAGAAAACCCAAAACCUGUGUCACCCUGGCCAGGGGCAAACAGCACAAUCAGUUUAAUGAAUUCAACAGCAACUUACCAGUGAUUUCCUGGCACCGGGAGUAGAUUCCAUUCAAUAUUCUGACAGUGAUUCCUUGAGAUUUGGGGAGUUGUGAGAGGUGGAAUGCCAUCGAGUGCUGACGUUCUAGCUGGAGUUGUAGGAGAACGCGCCACAGAAGAGUGGAAGGACAACUACGUACUAAGAAUGUCUUCCAAGCAAGCCACCUCUCCGUUCACAUGUAGAACCGAUGGAGAGGAAGAGGUAACAGGGGACGUAGCGUCACGGGAAAUGGAAGAGAACCACGAUCAACACAUGGGCAGCUGCCUGCCUCUACACAAUCUAAUACAGAACAAACCUCACCCCGAGGAGCUAUCUUCACUACCCAAUAUGCAGACUGACGUUGACUGGGACGGAAUGAUCGCUUCCCAGCAUAGAAUGGACUCUGAGAGCAAUAAAUUACGUUCCUUCUACUCCUUCCGAACCACUUCUACCUCACCACACAAGCCUGACGAAGGGGCUCGUGAGCGAAGCGAUCUUAUGACCAGUGUUAAUUUUGGAACGCCAGAACGACGCAAAGGAAGCUUGGCCGAUGUGGUGGACACGUUAAAACAGAAGAAACUGGAAGAAAUGACGAGGACCGAGCAGGAGGAUUCUUCUUGUGUAGAAAAACUGCUUUCAAAAGACUGGAAAGAAAAAAUGGAACGAUUAAACACAAGUGAACUUCUGGGUGAGAUUAAAGGUACGCCGGAGAGUUUAGCGGAAAAAGAACGCCAACUUUCCACCAUGAUAACGCAGCUGAUCAGCCUCCGAGAACAGCUCCUGGCCGCCCACGACGAGCAGAAGAAGCUGGCCGCCUCACAGAUAGAAAAGCAGCGGCAGCAGAUGGACCUGGCGCGGCAGCAGCAGGAACAGAUCGCAAGACAACAGCAACAACUCCUCCAGCAGCAACACAAGAUCAACAUCCUGCAACAACAGAUUCAGGUCCAGGGCCACAUGCCUCCUCUCAUGAUCCCAAUCUUUCCACACGACCAGCGGACACUGGCGGCAGCUGCGGCGGCUCAGCAGGGGUUUCUCUUCCCCCCAGGACUAACCUACAAACCAGGUGAUAACUAUCCUGUGCAGUUCAUUCCAUCUACAAUGGCAGCCGCCGCCGCUUCUGGUCUCAGCCCUUUGCAGCUCCAGCAACUCUAUGCGGCGCAGGCUCAGUUGGCCAGCAUGCAGGUGUCCCCAGGAGGUAAAAUGCCGUCCACCCCGCAAGCACCGAACUCAGCCGGGGCUCUGUCCCCCACCGGCAUGAAGACUGAGAAGAGAGGGUCCAGUCCCAUCGCUCAGGUCAAGGAUGAAGCCGCGCAGCCUCUGAAUCUGUCGGCGCGACCGAAGACUGCCGAGCCUUUGAAAUCCCCCACGUCCCCGACGCAGAACCUGUUCCAAAGCAGUAAAACCAGUCCCGGGGGCCUGUCAAACAAAAGCGGCAUCCCCAGCCCGAUAAGCGGGGCCCUUGGAAGAGGCUCUUCGCUAGAUAUACUUUCAAGUCUUAAUUCUCCAGCCCUGUUCGGGGAUCAGGACACGGUAAUGAAAGCCAUCCAAGAGGCUCGGAAAAUGAGAGAGCAGAUCCAGAGAGAGAACCAGCACCAGACUCACAGUAUGGACGGGAAGCUGGCGAUGAAUAACAUGAGCUUAAAUAAUUGCAGAGGCGAUAAGAUGCUGCUAGAUGCCAUGACAGGAAGGAUAUGCCUUAGAAGUUCAAACGCAGAAAGGUCACACUAUGAGAACAUGGGCCCACAGCUUACAGGAAAGCCCAGCGAAGAUGGGAAAUUAGGUCCUGGUGUCAUCGACCUGACGAGACCAGAGGAUGCCGAGGGAGGCACCACCGUGGUUGAAGCCCGAGUCUACAGAGACGCGCGCGGGAGAAGCAGCAGCGAACCGCACAUCAAGCGACCGAUGAACGCCUUCAUGGUUUGGGCAAAAGACGAGCGCAGGAAAAUUCUCCAGGCUUUUCCGGACAUGCAUAACUCCAAUAUCAGCAAAAUUCUAGGUUCCCGUUGGAAAGCCAUGUCUAACCAGGAAAAGCAACCAUACUAUGAAGAACAAGCUCGACUUAGCAAGAUCCACUUAGAGAAAUACCCCAAUUAUAAGUACAAACCCCGACCGAAACGCACCUGCAUUGUCGACGGGAAGAAGCUGCGUAUCGGCGAAUACAAACAACUCAUGAGGUCUCGGAGACAAGAGAUGAGGCAGUUCUUCACGGUGGGGCAACAGCCUCAAAUACCAAUUAGCACGGCGACCGGGGUCAUGUAUCCUGGUGCUAUCUCCAUGGCAACUACCACACCAUCACCUCAGAUGACGUCAGACUGCUCUAGCACCUCGGCCAGCCCCGAGCCCAGCAUCCCCGUCAUACAGAGCACUUACGGAAUGAAACUGGACGGAGGGAGCCUCGCUGGAAAUGACUUGAUGAACGGAGAAGACGACAUGGAGAUGUUCGACGACUACGAAGACGAACCUAAAUCAGACUAUAGCAGUGAAAAUGAAGCUAACGAGGCUGUCAGUGCCAACUGAAGAAUAUUUACAGACAAUUCUAGAAACAAGGAGGAUACAAAAAAAAAACAAAAAAAAAACUAUAAUCUUCCUGACUUUGUUGGAGUUUUGAACAAAACGGACAAAAAAAAACAAACAAACAAAACAAAAAAGUUUUCAAAGAGCCUGCAUGCGUAUGUGGUUUCCACAGUUCCAUCGGCAGAAUGGUCUUAAAUAUUUCUUGAUGUGUGAGACAAAUUGACUUUUUAGUCUUUUUUGUCACUUGAACAAUUUUUUUUUUUUUUAAUUUUAAGGUGAAGACAUGUAUAAAAAAAGAUCAGACGUCAGGACUUGAAAACUCUUGAAAAAAAAAACUCAAAACGUACCCAUAGCUGUCUUACAAGUCUUACAUUAUUUUUUUUGUGUGUUUUCCUUUUAUUUUUUGUUUUUUUUUUGGAUGCUGAUAGAGUUUUUUUAAGUUACUGUUUAUAGAUGGGGUUAAACAUUCUCUCAGGUACGCUGUGCCAGCCAACAGGUUGUGAAUGUGUUUUUAUGCUGAAUUAAUUUAGGAAAUACAUAGUGAUUUUUAUUUUUUUUUUUAAGAAAAAAUCUUUUUUGUGAAUCCAGACGUGUACACAUCUUCCUCCGCGCCUCACUAACUCACAGUAGAACAUCUUCGGAUCCUUUCUUCCCCAGUAUGUCUUGCUGAUUUUGUAAUGUGCCAAACAUUUUCGUAAUUCUUAAUCUUAAAUAGCGGAUGUCUUAAAAAUCCCCCCCCCCAAAAAAAAGUCUUAAGCAAUCAGGGCUGGAUUUAUAUCCCAGACGACUCUAGGCACAGGCUACUUAGAGCCGUGUAGGCCUUCAAAAAAUGUUUUUUGUAGAUGGGAUAUUGACGAGCGAAAGUUGAUAUUGGGUAGUUUUUGUAAAAGGUUUGGGGUAAAUUCGGGGUAGGUAAGGUUUGCCAUUCUUUCCAUCCUUGACAUGCAAGUCGAGUGUCUACUCUAUGGUAUGGGAUGCCCAGCCCAGUUCCUAAUCAACAUGGCGGUCAGCCAGUUGCUAUGACAAUUACACAUAGCGUAUGAUGUCCAGAGAAAUUCAAAGGUACUCAGGUAACUGGAUAUUGUAGUCAGAAGACGUCAUAAACAAUGCUGUCUGGUUUCGUCAUAGGCCAUAUGCUUGUUGGAAUUUGGUUUGUAGCUAUUACCCUC